AUGGACAGUAGUUAUACUCGAUGGAUUCAUCAUGGAGAGAAAUUGGAUGUAGAGGUUAUUGAUGAUCCUGUUGAUGUGCAUGACAGAGAUAUGACAGAGGAUGACAACUAUGGUGUUGAUCCUCUAGAAGCAGUUUUAGUAGACCUAAACACUGCAGAAGAACAAACAAGACAUGGUGGAGAAAAUCAGGAAGCUGACGCAGAACCUCAUGAACAAGUUUCAUUUUUCAAAAUAGCCAUGAGAGAGGCAAAGCGUCAACUUUAUCCUGGUUGUACAAAAUUUUCAAGGUUCUCCUUUGUGGUAAAGCUGCUUCAUAUGAAGUCACUGUACAGGAUAAGCAAUUCUGCUUUUUCUGCAGUAUUGAAGCUAUUGGCUGAAGCAUUUCCAGAAUUCAAUACACUCCCAAAAUCAUAUAAUGAAGCAAAGAGUCUUCUAAAGGAAUUAGGUCUGGGAUAUGAAUCAAUACAUGUUUGCUACAAUAAUUGUGCUCUAUUCAGAAAGAAAUAUGCACAUCUUGACAACUGCCCUGUUUGUGGUCUUUCAAGGUGGAAAGAUCAAGAAAGGAAGAAGAUACCACAGAAAGUGUUGCGGCAUUUUCCAUUGGCACCUAGGCUAAAAAGGAUGUUUGCAACCAAAGAAGCAUCAGAAGAAGCACAAUGGCACAUGUUAAAGAGGCAGCCUAGUGAGAAGGAAAUGAGCCACCCAGCUGACGGCGAGGCAUGGCAACAUUUCGAUCGAGUAUAUCCAGAUUUUGCAAAAGAUGCAAGAAACCUUAGACUUGGACUUGCUACUGAUGGGUUCAAUCCUUUUUCUGAACAGAACUCAAGAUACAGCAUGUGGCCUAUACUGGUGGUGCCAUACAACCUUCCACCCUGGCUGUGCAUGCAGGAGUCAAACUUCAUGAUGGCUUUGCUUAUUCCAGGACCUAAAUCACCUGGGAAGGACUUUGAUAUAUUUUUGGAGCCUCUUAUAGAAGAUUUACUUGAUCUUUGGAAGGGUGUGCCUGCUUAUGAUGCUAAUACUCGCAAAAUAUUUCGUCUUCGUGCUGCAGUUAUGUGGUGCAUCCAUGACUACCCAGCUUUGAGUACUCUUUCAGGGCGUACUACAAAAGGCUAUUUUGCAUGUACUCAUUGUGACAAGCAUCCUCUUUCAUACAGCCUAAGGAGCAAAAUUGGGUAUAUUGGGCACUAUCGAUUCCUUCCAAAAGGCUGUCGUUUGCGGAGAAAUAAUGAGUUUGUAGGACUUCAUGGAACCAGUGAGCAACCAACUCAAUUCACUAUAGAAGAGCUGUUGGCUGAACUAGAGAAAGUUAAACAUGUUAGACCUGGGAAGCAACAAGAAUGUGGGAAGAGGAAGCAUUCUGACGUGGAAGGUGGAAGCAACAAGAAUGUGCGGCGAAUUUGGAGCCGGAUGGUUAGUUUAUGGAAGUUACCAUAUUGGAAAGAUUUGAAGCUGAGACAUAAUCUUGAUGUCAUGCAUAUUGAGAAAAACAUACUUGAGGCCCUCAUUGGGACAAUUCUGAACAUAGCUGGGAAGACAAAGGAUACAGCUAAAGCUAGGCUUGAUCUAAAAGACUUGGGAAUUAAAGAGGAGCUGCAAUUUACAGAGGAUGGUGAGAUGCCUGUUGCUCGAUAUGCCUUGUCCAAAGAUCAAAAGGAGGCCUUUUGUAAAUUUUUACAAGAGGUGAAGUUUCCAGAUGGCUUUGCUUCCAACAUCUCAAGAUGUAUCAAUGCUGAUGGAACCAAGGUACAAGGGCUAAAAACACAUGAUUGUCACAUUCUUUUGCAAAGAAUCUUCCCAGCUGCCAUGAGAGGAGUUUUGGACAAGGACAUAUAUGAGGCAAUAGCAGAGUUAGGGAGGUUUUUUAGGCAACUAUGCAGCAGAACACUUAACAAGGAUGUAUUGGCUGAAAUGAAGAAAGAAAUCCCUAUUAUUCUGGUGAAGCUUGAGAAAAUUUUCCCCCCUGCUUUCUUUGAUGUCAUGAUGCACCUUGCUGUUCAUUUACCUGAUGAGGCAUUACUCCGAGGUCCUGUGCAAUAUGGUUGGAUGUACCCAAUUGAAAGGCGGUUGUACACUUUGAAGCGCUAUGUGAGGAAUAGGGCACAGCCAGAAGGUUCAAUUGCCGAGGCAUAUAUUGCUAACGAAUGCCUGAUAUUUUGCUCCAAAUACAUGGAUGAUGUUGAAACAAGAUUUAAUCGGAAUACAAGAAAUCAAGGUUUUUCUAAUGAACAGGCAUAUGGUGUCGACGUUUUUGGCCAUGGAGUUCAUUUUACUUCUGCAUCUGAACUGCAAUAUGAUGAAAAUGGCUUUGACCAAAUGGUGUGGUAUGUGCUUAACAACUGUACACAAGUUGAGAAAUAUGUGAAAAUGUUCAGAGAUGAAUUAGAGAGUGAAGGGGUGCCUAACAUUGAAAGACUGAUUCGGCAAAGAUUUCAGACUUGGUUGAGGAAACAUAUCAUGAGGUUGCGGGAGACUCAUCCAGAAGAGGUGGAUGAGGAUAUCUUUUCCUUGGCAUGUGGUCCUGAUUUCAGAGUCAAGAAAUACACCUCAUGCAUAGUUAAUGGUGUGAGGUUUAACACUGUUGACCGUGACAAGAAUAAGAAAACCCAGAAUAGUGGAGUAAUGACAGAAGGUACACACAAUGGUCAGUUCAUUGAUUUUUAUGGAACCUUGAAAGAGAUAAUUCAGUUAGGAUAUAAUUCUGAGGAUAGGACAGUAGUUUUGUUGAAAUGUGAUUGGUUUAAACUUGAUGGGAAGAAAACUGAUGUUCAAUAUGAUGGCUUCUUCAAGAGCAUCAAUGUUGGAAGUCUAUGGUAUAAGGAUGAUUCUUUAAUCUUGGCCACUCAGGCUAGGAAGGUCUUCUAUUUGCCAGACACAAAGUUGGGUAAAGGUUGGCAAGUUGUCCAGACAUAUGACCAUAGGCAUCUUUACAAUGUAAGGGAAACCGAGUCUGCACAAUAUAGUGCUCCUGCAUAUCAAGAGGAUGAAUGCUGUGAUGGGGACGGAAGGUUUGAAGCAGUGAUAGACGUGGCAUAUGAUAUUCCUAUGAAUAGAAUUGAUCAACAAGGCCCUAUUUUUGAUGCUGCUGAAAUUGCUCGGUUGGUUAAAGAAUGCCACAAUGAAGGGCAUCAGACUCAUGUCGAAGAGGAAGAAGAUGAUGACACACUUUUGGAGUAUUGUAGCGAUGAUGAAGGAGGUGCUACACUUGAUGUUGACAGUGAUGAUGAAUAG